CCUUCUUGUUAUACUAUUUCGGCAUUUAGUGUAAACAACCCCUUGCCUCUGUCUACCAGUAAAAUUCGUGCUUCUGAUAACUAAUCUCUUACGUUCAUCUGGAUUCCCCUGGAACUUGACCUUAAGGCCGAUGCGCUUCAAGAAGCGAAUAGACAGCUGUUGAGCUACUGCACUUUUGGCAAAAGGCUGCAGAUCCAGUGCACAGUAUUCUUAAAUACAAUGCCUACAAGCAGAGCAGCACAUACCUCCUCAGUUGGAAAGCCUUAUCACCCCGGUGGUCAUCGCAGUCUUCGGUUGAAUGUUCUAUGCAGUUUCUAUACGAACUCGCAGUUAAUAAAAAAAGCCUUUGAACGUGCCAAACAGGUGACUGGACUUAGCAACACCUUAAGACGUGUUACGCAAGGGACUUUCCUUCUGAUACGGCUUGCCACGGCAAUGCAGAGCAAGCUUUCUGCCGCUGCGUACCUCAACGCAUUUGACUGGAUAAUACGGCUUCCAAGCGCUGCCCAAGAUGAGAGGAGCAGUGCCAACAAGGCUAUCAAUAAGCUCAGCCGCAGCUUGCAGAGCAUGGAAGACCUCAAGGUGCAUUUUUGCAUUCUGCAUGCCCCCUCAGAGCUGCACCAAUUGCACCCAGGUGUGAGCCCCGCGUGCGCCCGCAGUUCUCCCGUACACAUGUCGGCGGCAGCUUUGGAAGGGGUACAAAUGUAUCCAACAAGUUUGAUGUCGAUCUGCUGGUUUUCGUCCGGGAGUUCAAUGGCAGACGCCUGAGCUACCCGGAGGACUGGCAGGAUACCCGGCUGCAAGAGGAGAUGCGGCGGCAGGCGGUGCAGCACCUUACCCUCUGCCAGCCUUCCUGGAGGGCCGCUGACGUGCAGGCCAGCGUGGACAACCCGCACUACCGCCGGGUGCUGCAGCUGGAGGUGAAGGGCAUUGAGGUGGACCUGCUGAUGCUGCCAGACCUGGUCACCGGUCGGAAUGAGGAUUCGAUCAAGAAACAGUAUGAAGCGCUGAUGCCCCCCGUUUUCCAGCAGCUGAAGUCACAGCCUGAAGCCGUGCGGUUUGACAUCGUUCGCGAGCGGGCGGCGUCCGAAGCCAUGACCAAGUUCAUCAAUACUGACACGGAUGAGGUCAAGGGAGUCGUGCGCCUGGUGAAGGCCUGGUACAAGCUGGGGCUGGCGGGGCAGUUUGGCGUGCGCAGCAUCGUGUUGGAGGUGCUGGUGCUGGCGGCCCUGCAGGGGCUGCACGAGCAGCUGCACAGCCGCCCGCCGCUCGACAAGCUGCAGCUGUUCAUGGCGACGCUGCGGCUGCUGGUCGGGCUGGGCGCGGGUGCUGACUCGAAGCCUGUGCUGGUGGACGCUGGCGAGUGGGGCUACCGGCCCGAGCUGGGCAGGCGCUGCGAGCACAUCUGGGGGCCCCACCCGCCCCACUAUGCGCUCGAGACCACGCCGACCGAGACGCCGACUAUGCCGAUGUACCGAGAUGCCGACUAUGCUGGCCUUGCGAGGGAGGCACGCAGGGUGUUGGAGGUCAUGCAGGACGGCACGUUCGGGCAGCUGCUUGAGGAGUCCACGCUGGGUCGAGCUGUGACGCAGCUAUGCCCUUGGCUGUCCUGCUGAGGCGCAUAGGGGCUGCUGGAUCUUGAGCACAGAGAGGUGCCUUUAGUCAAGUAUCCACUGCAGAACUUCAUUCAUUCAUGCCAUUCAUCUACGGGACUAUCGAUGUCUAUUUGCUCGGGUUAGGACUUAACCGGCUCGUGGGUACGCUGCCCGGUGGGUGCGGGCGUGCUUGAACCCGGGCUAGUAUGCAUGCCGGUACAUGGUCAAAAUGCACGGCGGCCUGCACAGGGAGUGCUGCGUGUGUUGAGCUGGAGGCACAUGGAAAGGGCUUCGGAGGCUACUGCAGCUGCCCCUUCAAGCACAUGUGGGUUGGCUCUUAGCUAGGCGUGGCGAGCUGCACAGCCCCGCAAGAUGCGUGCCGGGUGCAUGUGGACCGUCCGUGGUGUUCAGCGGUGCAUAGCGGCCUUUCCUCUCCUAGCGAGCAAUGCAUGCGUGCGUGCAUGGCAUGAAGUGGAAGCCAUGCUGGUUGCUAGGGGUUGUCCGGUUACAAUAUCAAACCAACUGGGCCACGAUGGCAUCCGGACCGCUGAUCCUGGG